UCUCCGAAAAACUUGCUCUCGUCGCCACCUCCUGCCCAUCCUCCUCCUCCUCCUGGACUGGAUCGAAUCGAUCCAAGCUACUUCUCUCUCUAUCCCCGGCCAUCCUCCUCUCUCUCUAGACUAGAUCCAUGCCAAGAAAACCACAGGGAAUGCAAGUUGGUGAGCGUUCCGAGUAAUUGCUGAUGCGAGUUGAUCUGCUCGUCUCUCUGUCGUCAAUCUCCAGGUUGUUGGACUCUCGAUCGCCGUUUGAAGUGGUCUCAUCUUAAAUUUGCUGCAUCUUUUGAACCGGUUCUCUUGCUCUAUCUCUCUCCCAGCUUACUGGUCAAUAGGCAAAUAGUUUCUCGAUCGGAAUUAUCCUGGGGCCGACCGGGUCAUCUUCAUCUCCUAUCGCAAGGUCUUUUCGGUUGCAUCAGCAGCAGCGUCGUAACCAAACCGUCUUUGAUCGAUCCGCCCCGCAAUUCAAUCCCCUUUUUGACAUUGGUCGUCGUCUCCCUCCUACCUACGAGUUCGUUCCUUGCAUCUUCCUUGCUCCUCAUCGAUCGUCAGGGCUCUCCAUCAAAAGGGCCGUAGCGUACGUGGGCGCGUGAUCAGCCAUGCAGCAGGAGCUAUAGCACCCCCAUCGGUUGUUCCGUAAGAUCGAAUCUCGCCGCUGCUCGAUCGAUCGUUCGGUCGGUCGCUGGUGGUGUUGCGCCGGCGGUAGAUCGAGAGGGCGGCGCCAACGCCAUGCAGGCGAGCGCCCGCGGCGAGCAGCACUCGCCGAGGUCGUCGGCGGCCAAGUCGCCGUCCCCCCGCGGCGUCGGCGGCGGCGGGGGCGAGCAUUACUCGCCGUCGCCGUCCAAGACCCCGCGCGGCGUCGGGGCGUCCCUGAAGCUGCUGCCGAGCAGCGCGGCGUGGCUGCUGGACAGCCGGUGGGCGCUGUCCGCCGCGCUCAGCCUGCUGCUGUUCCUGGCCGUCGCGCUCGCCCUGACGUCAACCUCGUCGUCGUCGCCGUACGCCUCCGCGUCGUCCUUCUUUUCCUCCUCCGAUUCCGUGGAGGCGCACGUCAUCCAUGCGAGCCAGCAACCGGAGGCCGCCGCCGCCGCCAACGCUUCGCCGCCGCCGCCUCCGCCCGGCGCCGGGCUGCCGCGGCUGGCGUACCUGAUCUCCGGGUCGAAGGGUGACCUGGAGCGGCUGUGGCGCGCGCUGCACGCGCUGUACCACCCGCGGAACCAGUACGUGGUGCACCUGGACCGCGAGUCCCCCGUUUCGGAGCGGCUGGCGCUGGCGGCGCGCGUGGCCAACAGCACCGUGUUCCGGCGCGCCGGCAACGUCCACGUCAUCCGCCGCGCCAACAUGGUCACCUACCGGGGCCCCACCAUGGUGGCCAACACGCUGCACGCCUGCGCCGUCCUCCUCCGACGCGGCGGCGCCUGGGACUGGUUCAUCAACCUCUCCGCCUCCGACUACCCGCUCAUGACGCAGGACGAUAUCUUGCACGUGUUCUCAACGGUGCCCAGGAACACCAACUUCAUCGAGCACACCGGUUACUUAGGCUGGAAGGAGGGUCAGAGGGGUCGGCCUCUGAUCGUGGACCCUGGGCUUUACGGGUCUCGGAAGCAGGACAUCUUCUGGGUCUCCCAGAAGCGUGAGCUCCCGUCGGCGUUCAAGCUCUUCACGGGUUCGGCGUGGGUGGCGCUGUCGCGCGACUUCGUGGAGUACACGGUGUGGGGUUGGGACAACCUGCCCCGGACGCUGCUCAUGUACUACACCAACUUCGUCUCCUCCCCGGAGGGCUACUUCCAGACGCUGCUCUGCAACGCGCCCCGCUUCGUGCGCACCGUCGCCAACCACGACCUCCACCACAUCCAGUGGGACGUCCCGCCGCGCCAGCACCCGCACGCGCUUGCCCUCGCCGACAUGCCCGCCAUGGUCAGCAGCGGCGCGCCGUUCGCCAGGAAGUUCCCCAGGGACGACCCCGUGCUCGACGCCAUCGACGCCGACCUCCUCGGCCGCCCGCCGCGCGCCGGCCCUACUAGUGCUGGCGGCGGUAAUGGCACCGUGGCGGCGGCGGCGACGACGACGCAACGGUUCGUGCCAGGAGGGUGGUGCGGCGGCGACGCGAGCUGCGGGGGCGUGGACAACGACUGGGUGCUCAGGCCGGGGCCCGGCGCCGAGAGGUUCCAGAGGCUCAUGGACAGGAUCGUCAGGUCCGAGGCCUUCCACAACAGGCAGUGCAAGUAGUAAUACUACAGUAGAUCAUAUAUAUACUUUGUGUUUCGUUGCAGGCUCAUCUUCUCGAUAGCUCACCUUCUGUGUACAAACAAAGCACCAACAGAUUGGAACAUGUAGUAGAGAUCACGGAUCAUCAUAGUAUACAAACAUAAACCCUAGUCGAUCUAGUUUUCCGAUUUCAGUCUCAUGUAAGAACAGGUUGUGUGAUCCUUGCAUGAGACUGGUGUGUGAAGCGUCUUCUUGACCUACUGCAGCUGUCCUGAUUGAUUCUUUUUUAAAGGAUAGACUUACAGGAA